AUGGCCACUCGCCGCCUGACCGACGCCUUCAUUUUAUUGCGGAACAAUGCCGCCCACAACCGGCACAUUCUGGCCGAGCAAGUGAGUAAUGACGGCGGGAGGGCGCCCGACCGCGGAGCGGUGAGUCUCCGGCAGCUUGCAGAUGACCGCAUGGCCUUGGUGUCAGGCAUUAGCCUGGAUCCAGAAGUGCUGCUAUCGGUGUCACAAAGCGCUUGUCUCCAAAAUGGGUGGAUGGAGUGGAGGAGAUCAAUUAUGAUAUCACACGUAUUAAACAAAAGAUGAAGGAGCUGGCCAGUUUACAUGACAAGCACUUAAACAGGCCGACAUUAGAUGACAGCACAGAAGAAGAGCAUGCUAUCGAAAUCUCGACUCAAGAGAUCACACAGAUGUUCCACCGCUGUCAGCGGGCAGUGCAGGCCUGCAGAGCCGAGCACGGAACUGCACAGAGCAAGAGGAACGGGUGUUGCGUAACGUGGUGUCCUCACUGGCACAGUCCCUGCAGGAUCUCUCAACAAACUUCAGACAUACUCAGUCUGGAUAUCUCAAGAGAAUGAAGAAUCGAGAGGAAAGAUCUAAACAUUUCUUUGACACGUCUGUUCCCCUCAUGGAUGAUGGAGAGGACACUACACUGUAUGAUCGGGGGUUCACAGAUGAUCAGCUUGCUCUGGUCCAGCAGAAUACGUUAAUUGUGGAAGAACGGGAGAGGGAGAUUCGUCAGAUAGUACAGUCCAUCUCUGACCUGAACGAGAUCUUCCGAGACCUGGCAACCAUGGUGGUGGAGCAGGGUACGGUUAUGGACAGAAUAGACUAUAACGUGGAACAGUCUUGUAUGAAGACAGAGGAAGGCUUGAAACAGUUGCAAAAGGCCGAGCAGUACCAGAAAAAGAACCGCAAGAUGCUUGUCAUUUUAAUUCUGUUUGUCCUCGUGAUUGUUUUGAUUGUUGUGCUAAUUGGUGUAAAGUCCUAA